AUGAGUGAGAUUGAGAAGUUUGACUUAAGCUUCCAUGCACAGGAUGAUCCCGAUUCGUGCAAAUUGGAUACUGCGAAAUGGAAAGCUAUUAUUGCCAGCCACCCGAAAAUCGAGUUUGUAUGGCUGCAAUUCAUGCUAUUUGAAGGAACUACUCGAUUGAGGAUGAUACCCGUCUCAUACUUCACAGAGAUGAUCGAGAAGAACCGAAAUAUCAGCAUCUCAUCAGCAUACCUUCAUGCUCUUCGCAAUGAUAACAUUGCGGACGCUGCGGCAUCCACCGGCGCGAUGUAUCUAGCACCCGAUAUAUCCACUGCUUCCAUUACUUCCCAUGAGAAUUCGCGGGUUCGUAUCCUUGCAAAUCUGGUGAACCAAGAUAAAACUCCGCGAGCUGAAUGUAUUCGAUCCAAGUUGUCCUGCCUGUCGGACAUCCUCGCCCACCUCCACGGCUUUUAUCUUCUCAUUGGGUAUGAAAUCGAGGUCGUCUUCUUUCGAAGAGAGGACAAGGAUGGCGCCGAACCUUUUGUAAACCAUAAAUGCUCUGCAAUGACAUUCGAAAUGCGGUCAUUGUUGCCUAUGAUAGAAUCCAUCGUGAGGAAUUUCCAGGAAGAGCAAGUUCCGCUCGAACAGUACCACUCAGAGCUUUCUCCUGGGCAAUGGGAGUUCGUCCUCCAACCCCAACAGCCCUUAAAAGCUGUUGAUACUCUUGUUCGCGCCCGGGAUAUCAUUUCCAGGAUGGCAGAGGAGUUUGGAUAUCGCGCAACAUUACACCCUCGACCAUUCCCUGAAAAUAUGGGCACGGGGGCCCACGUACAUAUUUCGGUCAACUCUAUUGGUUCGUCGUCGCCCCCGGAGCCGCAAUACUCGGACCCAUUUUUUGCGGGUAUCAUCAAUCAUCUUCCAUCUCUAAUGGCAUUUUGUCUUCCGCUCAACGUAUCUUACGGGAGGUUGGCGACCGGACUUUGGAGUGGGGGAGAAUUUGUGAGUUGGGGAUGGCAGAAUAAAGAAACCGCCUUACGUCGCAUCACCAACAAUCGAUUUGAAUUGAAAUUGCACUGUGGAUUGGCAAACCCAUACACAUCCCUGGCUGCAAUUUUGGCGGCGGGUCUUGAUGGCCUCAGAAAAACUCUGCCACUCAUCGCAGGGGACUGCCAAGUCUCUCCCACAGAGCUGUCAGAAGAGCAGCGCGAAGUGCUUGGCAUUAGUCCGCUCCCACGUGAUAUGCAGCAGAGCAUGAAGUCUCUCGCUGAUGAUAGAGACUUACAAAAAGUCUUGGGGGAAAAAUACACGGCCACUUACCUUGAUGUGACAAGGGAGUGGAACAAGCAAGUCGAUGAAAUGAGCGAGCAAACGAAACGAAUCACGAUAUUGCAGAAUUACUAG